CAACAUGCUUCUUGCAACAUUGCCACUAAUGGCACUGGCGUCAAAAUGUCCUAUUAACAUAGCUACAUCGUUAUUUCAUUUUUUGCUACCCGAGAAAAAACAACGGACAAAAUAUCUCGAUGAUGUCAUUUAGAUCGAUAUUGAGAACGAUAUUGAUACAACCGCCCCUAUGGCAUCGCCGUUUAUGAUCAAGAUAUCUCCGCCAUUUUCCUGUAAGAAAACCGGAACAAGGCUUGUGAAUGAAGUAUUUUGAUGAGCUUGCUGCUCGACUUACUAGAUCGUAGAAUCUACCUACUGUUGGCAAGGACUCAGGGCAAACCCUUACUUUGGCCAAGCCUGAGUGGAGCCGGAGCAAGAAAGUAAAUAACAAAGACGUGAAAGUACUUGAAAAGAGAGCCGUAAUUUGUCCACGCGUCUCCAUCUCGGCACAAGUACAAUGUUGAGGCAAAAAAAUGUAUUCAGUGACACAGUGUCUUAAAGAAGCAAGCGACCAGUUCCGAUUGAUGAUAAGCCUUGAGAAGCGGAACGAACGAGAUUGGGCAUAACCAGUAAGUCGUCGUGCAUACGAAAACACACAACCGACCCACUGAAAUCCAGGUUGAACUUUAAGAAAGUUUAUUGAACUUCGAGACAUAUUGCUACUGUUGUGAUAUCUACACUGUGAUAAACGUGUGUGGACAAAGAAGAGUGUCAACGAAGGACUAUCAAAUAUGAACGUCGGAAAGCUUUUUUUCGAGAGAAGGGGCAGCCUCAAGGAUGCAAGUGAGGUUCGCAUAUCCGACGACAAUCCCAUGGGCGGCGGCAGUGGCGGCGGUGGCAAUCCCAUGCUGCGUCGUCUAUCAGCCACCGCUGCCCUGCUGAAUUCGCACGUGAAACUGAUUGGCAAGCCGGGUGGCUCGUCCUCGCAUCACAGCAGUGGCUCGCUAGCGGAAAAGGAGAGAGUCGGGGCCGGUGGUCCAAGCGCCGUUGACCACCAUUAUCACCAAACACAUCAGCAACAUCAAAACAAUAGCAGCUGCAGUAGCAGGGAAAAAGGAAAAGGUAGCGCCAAACAGGCUAUAUCAAUCGCUGGUUCAGCGGCCGCGCCCGCUCUACUACACGGAGCAGACGACUCGAACACGACAUCAUCGCUAACAGCAGCAGCAGCAACGGGAGCAGCGGUAGCACCCUCAUCUCAGUCAGCAGCAGCAGGAGGACAUCAUCCUUUACUACAACAGCAGCAGCAACAGCAACAACAGCAGCAGCAACAACAACAACAACAACAACAACAACAGCAGCAGCAGCAGGGACAUCUGCUUGCGCACGAGAUUAGUGGUGGUGUAGCCGCCGUAAGUGGCACUGCAUGUGCUAGUGCUGCUGUCAGUCUGUGUGGUCGCAGUAUUUGUGCGGGAGCGGCACGCGGCUCAUUGGAUUACGGCGCCAGCGGAUUACCGUCAUCUAGUGGUGUGGGUGGAGGAGUGAGUGGUGGAGGUGCUGCGGCCGUCGGAUCAGUCACUAACAGCGGCACGGCUCAGCAUCAACAACAACAACAACAACUGUUGCUGCACCAUCAUCAGUUGCAGCAACAACAGCAGCAAGCUUUGCUUGCAACAGUGGCGGCUGGUCAGAAGAUGACCGAGGAUAAACAGCAGCCCGUUAAGUGGCCAGCAUCAAAGGACGAUUAUGAGCUGGGCGAGGUAAUCGGUGUUGGCGCAACCGCGAUUGUCCAUGCUGCGUUAUGCCUUCCGCGCAGGGAACGAUGCGCCAUCAAACGAAUCAACCUCGAAAAAUGGAAUACUUCUAUGGACGAGCUGCUCAAAGAGAUUCAGGCCAUGCGGGCUUGCAACCACGAAAAUGUGGUAUCGUACUACACUUCAUUUGUGGUCAAAGACGAAUUGUGGCUCGUCAUACGGCUUCUAGCUGGCGGAAGCCUGCUUGACAUAAUUAAGCAUCGUAUGAAGACUGAAGACUGCCGACAGGGUGUUUUCGAUGAAGCGACAAUUGCCACGGUGCUUCGGGAAGUGCUUAAGGGACUGGAAUAUUUCCAUAACAACGGGCAAAUCCACAGGGAUAUAAAGGCCGGAAACAUCCUCCUUGGAGAAGAUGGCACCGUACAAAUUGCAGAUUUUGGCGUCAGUUCGUGGCUAGCAACAGGCGGAGAUCUUUCUCGACAGAAAUCCCGACACACGUUUGUGGGAACGCCCUGCUGGAUGGCGCCGGAAGUGAUGGAACAAAUUACCGGAUACGACUUCAAAGCCGACAUUUGGAGUUUUGGUAUUACUGCGAUGGAGCUUGUUACGGGAACUGCGCCGUACCAUAAGUAUCCUCCUAUGAAAGUUCUCAUGCUGACGUUACAGAACGACCCCCCAACACUUGAAACUGUUGGGGAUGAUAAGGACCAAUACAAGGCUUAUGGCAAGACAAUCAGGAAGAUGGUCUCGGAGUGCCUGCAAAAAGACCCUACGAAACGGCCAACUGCCUCAGAGUUAUUAAAACAUCCCUUCUUCCGUAAAAGUAAAGAUAAACGUUACCUUGUUCAAACGCUAUUGUCGUGUGCACCCACGAUAGAGCACAGAGCACAGCGACUUAAGCACAGUAAAAGAAACCCCGGAGCCUCAGGGAGACUGCACAGAACAGAGACGGGAGACUGGGUUUGGUCGGAUGGGGAGGAGGGCAGCAGUGGGGAGGAAUUGGAGAGCGGCGCGGGCAGUGGACGAGCUGGGGCAUCUACCGGCAGUGUCGGAGGUGUCUCCGCCGAAGAGCUGGCUGCCCGACAAGAGGCCAUUUCUCGGGCCAACCAAAGUACAUCGUCGUCUGAUUCGGGCACGACAGGCCCACCUUCACUCGGUAUAGAGAUGACAGCUGGACUCACGCAAUCACAGCAAUUCAAUAGCCAAUUGCCCACAAAUCAACAACCCGUGUCAUCGACGACUCUUGGACCUACUAACGGAUCCAAUCCCGCUGGCCCUGGACCUGCGACGUUACUGGGCGCAAAUUCAAACCUCCCCUCAGCCGCCUUGGCCCAAGAAGGCAUAGCUUCCUCUUCGAUAGCCCAUCUUCCCGUCGUCGAGCUCGCGCUCAGAAUACGAAACGGCAAGAAAGAACUCAACGAUAUUAAGUUCGAAUUCACGAGGGAUAAGGAUACCUCGGAAGGUAUUGCAGCCGAAUUAGUCGGUGCGGGACUCGUGGACGGAAGGGAUAAGGUCAUUGUGGCCGCCAAUCUCCAGAAGCUCAUAGACGGAACCGCUAACGUCAGGUCGCUUAUUUUCCCGCUGACAACGGGUUCGGAGUCAAUGCCUGUCCCCGACCAGCGAACUUUAAUGGGCUUCGCGCAGCUGUCAAUCGUGGAUUGAAACGACUUCCGCCUCUGACCUCUUUUGGACUAGCUUGCUAGCUGGUCGGGCAAGACGGGGUCGGGGUGUCGAGAAGGGACGGGGUUCAGCGAGUGAAGUUCUUCGCAUAGAAGAAAAACAAUCGUAUUUCUGAUGAUGAUCUGCCCCUAGCCUUCGAAGCAUUGGCAAAUCAAUCCAUAAUGAUGAUAACGAACCCAUUAGCGGUUCGUUGGCAGCGUCAGAAACAGUAGAAUUUACUUGGACCUUGCUUGUGACUCUACCUUGACUAGACUCACAAAUUUUGCGGUUUCACACAUACUGCAAAAGCCAACUUUACUGCUACGACGGAGGCAGGUACAUUCCAUUACAAAAACAAAUACAGGAAGAGGCAAUCAUCCUCGGGCACUGUUGCCCGCCAGCCUGGUCUAUUGCCGCUCUACUGUGCUCCAGUAAGCCGUUCGACCGGGAGACAAAGCAAAGCCCCACAGCGUUCGCCAGUUGUUCGAUGAACCUUUAUCACCUUGAGUCCGCCAUGUACAGUCAUCCGAGCAGCGCGGAGAAGAGAAAGUAGAUGCAGCACAAUGGAAAAGCAAGCUCUGUUCAAAAACACACACAAAAUCGAUCUUCGGUGUCAUCUUACAGAAUGCGAUCACAGUACAGGUGAAUGCAUUCGGUUGAAAAUUUAUCGCAGCAGCGGAAUCAACAGCAGCAGCAACAACGAUUAGAGCUUCUCUAUAAAUGCGCCUGCUGUUCCCAUGAUCGAAUCGCACUCGCCUGACGGAAAAGUACCGGCUAAGUGUUUCGCUGUCGUGUAUGCUAUGUAUGCUUUUCGUGAAAAGAAAACAAGCAAGUGUUUUUUAAACUACGAUAGGAAAACUGACAAUAUUACCAGCAACUGGGGUGCGUAGGCGUUUUAUAGGGGAAAACGCGUGAAUAGGCAUACACUAUUGUAAGUGUCUAGGACGGCGCUUGCUGUGUGUAGUGGUAAGAGAGAGCCGAAUUGGUCACUUUGCUCCGGUUCCCUCCCUGGAACGGAACUGUCUUGCCAUGCCUUUAGAUUUUAUCUGUUAGUAUAUAUAUAACGAAACAAGGACACACCUAACUCAUGCACAAACGGUUUUUCUCAAAAGUAAUCGAAAAUCGAUAAUAAAUUUAACUAAUAUUAACCUACUACAAAUGGACUGAUAUAUAAUUAUUAAUGUUGAUGAUGAUGAUACCAGUCUGAGCGAAAAUGUUCAAAAUAAGAAAAACAAGGGAGAAAAGAAAAGGACCUGAGAAGCUAUUUGCAUAAAUACCCAAUCAGACAGGGGCAGAUGAAAAACAUAUGCAUUCAGGAGACUUCUAAAGAAGCAAGUGAUGAAGAAGACUCAAAUCGCUAAAAUGUUAGAUUUAAAUGAAGGCAAUCGAAAAAAAAUGAAGAAUAUACGUGCGAAAUUAAGGCUCCAAUCUGUCCCAAUUUUUUUUUGACCGGAAUAGGGCAAGCUAAAUAUCGUAUUAUAAAGGACAAUAGUUGACCAGCUUGACUCAAUAAUUCAAGAAAAAGAUGACGAAAUAUCUCACAUUUUAGUUCGAAUGGCGUAAAGGUAAACAAAUUUACCCAACGAAGGCUUCCUUGUCAGGGAAAUUUCUGGUGUCUAAGCCCGGCGUAAACAUGUGUAUGAUGAAAUGCCGUGUCAAAUGUGAUUUCUGGUUAUUAUGGCUUGGUAACUACUUCUGACAUCUCAAGUUUUACGCAGGUACAUACUGAUAUAAACAUUAGUGGACAACUGUUUUUCCCGAUGAUUCCUAUUUUAUGCUUCGAUAUCUUUUCGCGCGUUUCUUUUUAUCCUUAAGCAAACAAACGACGGCAAGCAAAUUGAAGAAUGCUUCUGGAUAGUUAAUGCUAAAAACGCAUAUGAAAUCUCGUCCUUUUUUAAAAAAAAUUAAAAAUGAUCAUAUGCACUCACAAGGUAGUAUUGAGUGUGAUGUCUCGGUAAUUUAGGGAGGGAAUAAAAGAAAGAUACAAACGACAUUUCUCAAAAAAUAUCUAAUUAACAGAGAAUAAUAACACUAGUUAUAACAAUGAUACUAACAAUAAAUCCUAAUGUAGUGGUGGUGAUUCAUUAAGUCUUUCUUCUGAAAGAAAGAGCCCGACAAAAACAAAUACCGGCGUUAAAUUAUAGAACAUAAGUAGCCGGAAAAAUAGAACCCAAACAAACACCACAGUAGCCAACACCCGUUGGUGUUGAGUUGAAUAGGAAGAUGCUGAAUUAAAUAGUGUACGUGAGUGUCUAUCGAGAUUAUAUUUUUCUUUUUAUUACAAUAGCAAUCAAAAUAUCGAUGAGUUUUCAAUCAUCUUUAUUUCGAAAUAUUCACGCUGAACUUGAGUAUUUCUGCACAGCGAAACAAAAGCUCUUAGUUUUUAGUUCACACAGCUGAGAUCAACAGGUCGGGUCUUAGUUGCUGGCGAUCUGCAAGAAAUCGGAAUUAGCUAUUAAUUUUCGUAGCGACAAAGAUAUCAUUGUUAUAUAAUAUUUUUUCAUGUGUCGUUCGCAUUUUGGGGCAGUCUGUUUUAAAUGUGUUAUCGUCUACGUUAAAAGCUCCUUCGAAUAUUGUUGCCAAUACUGGUUAUUAGCAUUAUUCAACACAAAGACAAAUCGAUUGUGAAUGACCGAUAGCCUGCAAAUAUACGAAGUUCAAUGCACCCUUGGCUUUGUUAAUUUCAUCUUAUUUAUUGCUAAUCGUAAAUAAUAAAUAGUUCUUACUAAACAUAUA